CUGAGUUCUAGCUCUACAACAAGAAAGAAUAGAAAUUCAGAAUCAGACACCCGCUUAGUGUCUACUGCUCCUCUAACACAGUCACAGUUGUCUGUUGCUUCCACAGGAGAGGGAGACCCUGAUUCAGCACUGUAUUUUACAAUCUGUAGAAUGUAGCCUAAACAUCAAUUUAUUUAUGUUUAAUUGGAGAGUGAUGUUACAAGGAGGAUGUAUGAAGACACCGCUCAGUCCGGCCCACUUCAUAGAGCAUGGCCGGAUGGCCUUUCCGUUCGGAGGCUGUCUGGAGCUGAAUCAGCUCACAGGGAUGGAGCCUACCACCAACGGCCAGGGUCAGAUUAACAUGGACCUUCAGCAGCAGGAGAAGAAGAAGCUGUUCUACUCGAUGUGUGAGGUGUGUAACAUCCAGCUGAACUCCCAGGCUCAGGCCCAGGUGCACUACAACGGGAGAUCCCACCUGAAGAGGGUCAAACAGAUGAACAAUGGGGAGGCUCCGGCACCAGCUACUGGGUCUCUACCAACCUCUACGCUGAGCUUCAGUAGAAGCACCACCAGCAGCAGUACAGGAAGUUCAUGCCAUAGCAACACGCUGCCUGCGCUGGUGCGGACGCCGUCUCUGAUGAUGCAGUCCACUCUGGAUAUGAAACCCUUUAUGCCCUUCCACCAAGUGGACACGUCCUCUGCUGUGGGACUCUUCCCUAAUUUUAACACGAUGGAUCCCGUGCAGAAAGCUGUAAUAAACCACACAUUUGGGGUCCCCAUCCCUCUGAAGAAAAAACAAGUGAUUUCCUGUAACAUCUGUCAACUACGCUUCAACUCAGAUAGCCAAGCCGAGGCGCACUACAAAGGCAGUAAACAUGCCAAGAAGCUCAAAGCACAAGAGAACACCAAGAAUAAGCCGCCCAAGAGUUCCCCUCCUCCUCCUACUCUUCCUCCUUCCCUGGACAGUGCAAUGAAAAUCACCACCACCACCUCACCCAACUCUGUCAUGGCCAGCAACUCUGACAAAUCAGAGCAAAUCACUGUGCCUCCCAGUGAGGCGGAUAAAACCUUUGCUUCUCCAAAUGAUUUCGUCCCCAUCAUCUCCACCUCCUCCUCCCUGGCAGCAUCAAUGGCCAUGUCUGUCCACAGCCCCUGUAAUCCCGUCCUGUGUGAUCCCACGCCUGCCAGCCCCCCAUCAGCUACGCCAGCACAACUACAGGGGCAUGUUAUGAAGACUAGUAGCAGUGGCGGCAGCAGCACCAAGCCUGGGCUCGUGUCCCCCACCACUGCUGCUGCGACAGCAACUCAGCCCACGCCAGAGUCGGAGGAGGAAAAAGCCAAAAAGCUCCUGUAUUGUUCGCUGUGCAAAGUGGCCGUCAACUCUCUGUCGCAGCUGGAGGCCCACAACAUAGGUUCCAAGCACAAAACUAUGCUUGAGGCGAGAAACGGAGCAGGUCCAAUUAAGGCCUAUCCCAGACCAGGCUCGAAGCUCAAAGUACAGGCCACCAACGUGCUAAAAGGUUCCGGACUACAGAACAAAACGUUCCAUUGUGAGAUCUGUGAUGUCCACGUCAACUCAGAAAUACAGCUCAAACAGCACAUCUCCAGCAGAAGGCACAAGGACAGAGUAGCUGGGAAACCGAUGAAGCCCAAAUACAGCCCUUACAACAAACAACAACGCAGCUCCACAGUCCUGGCUGCCAAGCUGGCUCUUCAGAAGGACCUGGUGAAGCCUAUCUCCCCUGCUACUUUUCUCUCCAACCCCUUCUGCCCAACAACCCUCCCCUCCAUCUCCCUGCAUCCGCGGCCCAACGCCUCCAUCUUUCAGACUGCCGGCCUGCCAGGCUGCAUGCCCUCCUUCCUCCGGGCUGCUCCAGGGCCAGUCCGGCCCACCACCGGCUCUAUCCUCUUCACCCCAUAUUGAUUCCUGGGUUUUGACACAGGGGUCGUGUUCAGUAGGCAAGGAAUGGAAGAAAAUGGACAGAGCCUGAGUGCAAUGGGGAGGAAACUGAGCAAAACGGUGAGGUACCAUCUGAGCUCGUCCAAUAAGAAAUGCUUGUUUUUGUCUCCCAUUGCGAAAAUAUUUUGCUAAGGUGUACCCUAAUGAACACGACCCAGUGUUUCGGUAGAGAGGGCACCAGAGGCAACACGGAGGGAAACUGACAUGAGCAGAGAACCAGGGGACCUCUGACCUUGUGGAGCAGUGAGUGCACUGCAUACCGGAUGAUGUCCUAUUACAUACAAUACCCACCCAAUGCACUGAACUGAGAGGACUACUGCACUGCGAAGCUUCAACAAACAACAGUGUAUUUAUUUGAUUGAACUUGUUUACCUUUCUCUGGCUGCGUGCGGUUCGUGAGGUUCAGUGGGCCCGCGAAGACCACUGAGGGUCUAAGUAUUGGAUUCUUGUGGUAUAAUAAAGAGAAUCAAACUGCUUCCUGAAUGACUUGAAUACCCAUAGUCUUCCUAUUUGAUCAAAUAGUUCUAGCUGCGUGUGUUUGACAGUGUUUAUCAUAACAGCCCCCAGACAGAAGGACAGUCAUACCUGAUUCACACUAUAGAGCCGACCUGAACCAUACUGAGCUGGCUUGAAUAUUUUCUUCUCACAUUGUCCUUUCCAGCACGGUUCCAGCAACUAUGGUGGAUGCAUAACCAGACCCGAGCAGCUUGGAUCUGCUUGGUCUGGCCCAGUAGUGUGAAAUCAGUCAAAUGUUUCAGUUGUUGCUUGAUGUCAGUGACUGUAACACAGUAAUGCAGUUUUGGUCUCUAUUCUGUCUGUAUUAUGUAAGUCAAUAAGCUGAAUCUCUACACCACAACUCUUCUUAUCAUCAAACAGUCUGUGUUAUUGGUUUUACUUUACUUCUGAUGCAGCAACUUACAGUAGACAGCCAUAGUAACAAAUCAUUUAGUAACAGUGUUCUCAUUGCCCCCACUUCAGAGAGAGAAACCAUUCUCUUGGUUUCUUAAUGAGGGCCGAAUCUUAACCUGAGAUGCAUUGAUGUCAACAGGAGACUUCAAGUCUCUUCAAGAACAUGUUAGUUAAGUGUGCAGAGCUCAAGUCAGGAUUAGACCCUUACAGUACUUUGUUUCUGCGGUAUAUCAUGUAAUCAUCGGUCACUAUUUUCUAAGAGGAAAGGUAGAAUCUAUUAGUGUUCAUCAUUUGUAUCCAGGGAUGAGGUCUGUUACAUUUCCAAACCGUGAAUUCAGGAAUUAAACUUCAGUUCAUUUCAGUUUGCUGACUGAAUUGACUGAAUUGAAAUGAAACUGAUGUUAACCUGUUUGCAUCACCCUGUUGUUUGGCAGGGUUACCAUGGGCCUUUCAUUUAUAUCUAUGUAAUAUCCCUAGUUUUAAACGAUGCUGCAAUAUGUUGCGGCUCUCUGAUGCAAUAAUGUACAGAGCAUUGUAUUGGUACAGUUUAUUCUCUGUAGUGUAUAAUGUAUUGUUCCCUUUCCACGUUAAAAUACUAGUUAUGGAGAGCAACAGAGAGACAGACAGAGGUAUUUGUAUUUUUUAAGUAAAAGAAAACAACAAUCCACUCGAACAUGAAAGAAUGACAGUUGUUUUCGAGAUGGUGGGAUGACUUCUGAACCAAUAUAGGAGACUGUACAUUGAAAUUGAAAUCUACCUUUUAAAAUAAAGUAAUAUAUUUGGAUGAUUUGCUUCCAUAUUGAAAUUGUAUUUUACACAAAUGAAAAAUAACUUUAAAUUAUUUAAUUAUGAACUGAAUUUAGUUUAUGAAGGAGACCUGACGAAGAUAUUGUCAAUAAAAGGCAUGUUGAAAUGAAAGAGAUAUAAGAUCGUCAUAUCGUCUUCUGCUCCCUGCCCUCUGCUCCCUGCUCCCUGCCCUCUGCUCCCUGCCCUCUGCUCCCUGCCCUCUGCUCCUUGCCCUCUGCUCCCUGCCCUCUGCUCCUUGCCCUCUGCUCCCUGCCCUCUGCUCCCUGCCCUCUGCUCCUUGCCCCCUGCUCCCUGCCCUCUGCUCCCUGCCCUCUGCUCCCUGCCCUCUGCUUCUUUCCCUCUGCUCCCUGCCCUCUGCUCUCUGCUCCCUGCCCUCUGCUCCCUGCUCCCUGCCCUCUGCUCCUUUCCCUCUGCUCCCUGCCCUCUGCUCUCUGCUCCCUGCCCUCUGCUCCCUGCCCUCUGGUCCCUGCUCCCUGCCCUCUGCUCCCUGCCUUCUGCUCCCUGCCCUCUGCUCCUUUCCCUCUGCUCCCUGCCCUCUGCUCUCUGCUCCCUGCCCUCUGCUCCCUACCCUCUGCUCCUUUCCCUCUGCUCCCUGCCCUCUGCUCCCUGCCCUCUGCUCCUUUCCCUCUGCUCCCUGCCCUCUGCUCCUUUUCCUCUUCUCCCUGCCCUCUGCUCCCUGCCCUCUGCUCCCUGCCCUCUGCUCCCUGCCCUCUGCUCCCUGCUCUCUGUAAACAUGUACAGUAUUUAUUUUCAGAUGAUUUUCUAUGAUGUGAUUGAGGCAUAAAUUAAGUUUUAUUUGAUAUAUGUGGUUGUAUUAUCAUUUGUUUGUUUGUUAAACAUUUUGUUUGUCUUAUUAAAUACCCAAACGUAUCACUUA